AUGCGUCUGGUACAGGACAGCGAGAACGCCGCUACGGCGCCGCACAAGUUGAUGUCCCGAGAUGUAGUCGACCUCGAGGCGCCCGACAGGCACCGACACAUCAUCCGCGGUGACGUGGAAAGGUGGACAUUUAUCUCCGAAAGAGUGCAGAACAUAACGCGAAAGCUCGGCGGGCAGAGAUUGCGGCAAGUCGUCCGUCUCGUACGGAUUGCGACAGGGCUUGCAACGAAGGACAGACACGCGACAACGAGCUGCCGGGCCGGAAAGAUCGGAAGGCAGGUCCAGGUAGAGGAGUUUAUGCGCCAACGGGCGGCCGUCCGGAGUGGCGUCGGCAGAGGUGGGACCCACUGCAAGAACUUUGUAGGUCCCCGUCCAGGAAAGUGCGAAUUUGGCCUUGUUGAGCACCUGUUGGUCCGUGUCCUGCACACCCUGUCGAAUUGUAGAGUCCGUCCGGUGGGCAGAGCCUCGAUCAUGAGCUCAGCCCAAGCUGGGAGGGCGGCAGCUGGACUAGCGGCGGCUGUGACCAAACCAGGGGUGUGUGAACGCACAGUCCUUCUUGGAAAAGACAAGCACGUCGUCAAGCUCAGUUGGAGGCUUGUCUCCGAACGCGGGGUGCUGGUGACCGCGACACUCGUUGACUCGAAGCACAAGAACAGGAGCUCACAAACCUACAGUGGCUACGCGAAGGACAGCGAAGAGGCGGUCAGCGAAAAGGCCGAAGAGCUGACUGACAAGGUCCUCAAGAACAAGCGCGAGCGGUGGCAAAAGGCGCAGCAGCAGUCUGGUGGUGGCAGCAGCAGCGGAGGCGUUAGGAGGACAGAAGAUAGCGCCGUCGCCGACCCUGUUAUCAUGGCUUUGCGGGGUGUCGGGAGAACCCGACCCAGGGUUGUGACAAUUCAGCCUACUGAGCCGACGGCGCCGGUCGACUGGCGCCAGCAGUCUGCGGAAACGUUUCUCGCGUCCAUGGACAGCAUGGGGUAUGACAACGCGCUGCAACACUUGGAAAAGAUCGGCUCGACGUUUGCGAAGGACACCCGUAAACGCUUGCGAGGGUUGGAAGACAAGGUCAGCACGGCAGUCUCGUUGGAGCGAGCAAUCGAGCAGGCGCAAAAGCAACGUAGAACCAAUGAGGGACGCCGCACGUUGCAAACGAUCCUCACCGCUGCGGCCUUUCCUGUGGACGGCGUAGACGAGGUUCCAUCGUUGUCGGCAGCACGUAGGGCAAAGGCGCUGGGGGUUCGCCAGCGCGCCUUCAACUCCGCGGUGGAGCGUGCCAAGAAUUUGCUGUCCGAUCUUCAUCCAACCGAGGCCAUAAAACGCGGUGUCUACUGGUUUUGGCCCCGAGCUAAGCAAAGCAAUGUUUGCGGCCUACGCCACAUAUUUAUCGGGUGA